CUUUGCCUCUGUGCUGCAUUAAAGGUAUAUAAGCACGGCAUUAAGCUGUCAUGCACUGGACCCUAACAGAGACUCAUCACACUCUGUGACAUCACUCCGAGGCCUUUCACUUGAGUCCAACCUCCAGCUGGAAUCAAGAUGCCGACGACAACGAGGCUGAUUUCUGAUACCAAGUCAGAUAAAGCAAAAAAGGUCAAAGCAGGAAACUCCCCCUUGGAGAGGACUCCGGCGUACGAGCCAAACAUCCCUGAACCCAAAUGCAGAGCUGAUCUAAUCAAACACUGGAUCAACCUUUCCCUGGACGACAGGACGGCCAACAGGACACUGUGGGUCUCAGAGAGAGGGACUAAAGUGGUUCGUAUGAGUGAUGAUCUCAAUUGUCCCGUAUUGGACAGACCAGAGAGAUAUGAGUACUCUCCUCAGGUCCUUUGUAAGGAAGGCAUCAAGGGCUUCCGAGGCUACUGGGAGGUGGAGUUUGUAGGGUGGGUCGUAGCUGGUGUUGCGUACGAAAAAGCAGGAAGGAGGAACAGCCAUGGAUCCUGUGGUCUGGGGGAGAACGAGGAGUCCUGGGGCCUUGGCUGGUGUGGCACCAGUUAUCACGCCUGGCACAACGGCUCCAACGAAGAGAUCAAGGACAUUCCCAAGUGUUCUAUCAUGGGCAUAUACCUCGACCAGCCUGCUGGUGUCCUCAAUUUCUAUGCUGUGGAAGAGGUGGAGGAGGGUGAGGAGGCUGCAGGAGGAAAGGAGGUUAGAAUUUUGCACCAAGUGAGGAGCUCCUUUACGGAGAGGAUGAUACCAGGUUUCUGGAUGUCGACUCACUCUGAGUGUUCCAUCGUACAGAAGCAGGAUACUGGAAAAACAUCAGAAGCGUGUGAAAGUCAGAGCUCAUGAGAUGAAGACCAUGAAUUCAAUUCAGUUCAAUUCAAUUUAACUAAAUUUGGUUCCGUCAUUAGUUUUCUACCACUUUCAUGGGCGGUGGGGGUUUACAGGGGGCUGAAGCCAAUCCCAGCGGACAUAGUGUGACAGGCAGGGAAGGACAGGUCAAUAAUCCAUCAGUCAAACAACUAUUCACUCUCACAUUUUACCUAAGGGCAAUUUAGAGAGCGUCACAGAGUCGCCUCACAGAUGUACUUCUGCAUCUGUAACAUUUAGACACUCAGAGCAUCUGCCCUGAGUGUCCAUCCAGUGUGAGCCAACAGAGAAUAUCCACUAAGCCUAACUGGGCUAUUUAUCCUAAACCUAACCUGAGUCCUUUUCUUGGCCCUAACCUUAACCUCUAAGAUCUAAAUGUGCCGCCAGUGGGUUUACAUUGUCUCUUUCAUUUGUGGAAGUAAUCCGCACAAGGGAAAAAUUCAACAAACCUUUUUGGUGACCCAAAAAAAACCUCCUGUGACCCAUCUGUGGUUCCCAAACCAGACUUUGGGAACCACUGAUUUAGAGAUUAACCCUCGUGUUCUGUGGUCUGUGGGAUGAAGCUAGCGAGCGCAGAGAGGACACACAAACACAAACACAGGAGAACAUGCAGACUUCCACACAGAAAGGCCCCUGCUCGAACCAGGAGCCGAACCGAGAGCGGAGCCGGUGACCUUGUCGCUGUGAGGCGACAUCACAAAUAAACCAGCACAGAUGAGCUACCUUCUCAUUCUCAUUCUGUGCCAGAGUUACAGUAAAACGUUCAGUAUCGCGUUCAGUAAAUUACAGAUGAACCUUUAACCUCCCUCUCUACAGAACAAGGUUUAUAUUAGAAUAUAUUAUAUUUUUCUAUCACUUUAUGGUUGUUGUUGUUUGCUAAUUAUAUGGAGUGUCGUCUAGUUGAGUGAUAAAAUGUGUAUGUAAAAAUGUCAAAUGUGCAAUAGUUUGAAUAAAUACAUAAACGCAUA